UCGCGCGACAACCUCCGCCACGCGUGGAGUCCUGAGUGAAAACCGAUCUGUGGAAAAUUGGGGAGGAAAUAGCCUUCCCGGGAUCAGCGUGGCCGUAUAGAAUUACGGUGGAGGCCCCUCCCCCUGUCUGGCUCGCUCUUUUUUCUCAACCUCUCGGUUGGCUUUCCGAGAGGGCUUGAUCCUGCUCACGCUCAGAGCGCUGAGAAAUAGCAGGCAGAAGAUGGCUGACUCUACCGGGCACGGUGAGCCCGCAGCAGCAGCAGCAGCAUCAACUUCACUGGGGCUUCUCAUGUGCCUGCCAUUCGCUGCCACUCCGCAACUCUGAAACGGCCCCGCCUCGCUCCGUGCCGUGCGCCCGCGGGGUUUUACCCCCAAAUAUUGACAGAGAUUUAAAGAAAACAUGGCUGAGAUGGAGAAAGAGGGAAGACCUCCGGAAAACAAGAGGAGCAGAAAGACAGCUCACCCCGUGAAGAGGGAAAUUAACGCAGAGAUGAAGGUCCCGUCCAAUCGGCCCCUCCCAGGGGCGGGGCAGGCAGGCAAUCUCCAUGGCAACUCGCCCUACUUGAUGAGUUUUGCCGAAAACACCAUGAAUGAGUUGCUUGGAUGGUACGGAUAUGACAAAGUGGAGUUACGAGACUCAGAUGACAUAGAGAUCCGCAACUACCCUGAUGGAGAAAUGCGGCAACACAUCUCUGUCCUGAAAGAGAACUCUUUGCCAAAAGCAUCCACAGUGGAGAACAGCAGUGGUUCUCCUCCACACGCCAACAGCUCUGGCUCUACUCCGACAUCACGGAAUGGAGUAACGGCCGAGGCGUCUGCAAACCCCUCCUCCUCUAAGGAGCACGGAGGCCUGCCAAUCAUAGUGCCCUUAAUCCCGCCCCCUCUGAUCAAAGCACCAGCAGAGGAGGACACCUCUAAUGUUCAGAUAAUGUGUGCGUGGUGUCAGAAGGUGGGAGUGAAGCGUUAUUCUCUCAGUAUGGGCUCUGAACUGAAGAGUUUCUGUAGUGAGAAAUGCUUCGCUGCCUGUCGCCGUGCCUACUUCAAACGCAACAAGCUUGGAUAUGUGAGGAAUUGCAGUGCCAGAGAGGAGGAGGGCGUUCCACACCACAGCUUGUCCAAAGACACGCCCAGACUUGUCCUCAAGACAAACAGCGAUGUGCUUGUCUGCGAUUGGUGCAAACACAUCCGCCACACUAAGGAAUACCUGGAUUUUGGAGCGGGUGAAAGACGGCUCCAGUUCUGCAGUGCAAAGUGUCUGAACCAGUAUAAAAUGGACAUAUUCUAUAAAGAGACUCAGGCCGCACUGCCUGGGGGUUUAUGUAACCCUCCUCUCCCCACGAGUGAUAUGAAAUCAGAGAGCGCAGCGGGUGUACAACUCCUUACACCCGAGUCCUGGAGCGCACCUCUAAAUGAGCUCCGCAGUCGCAAGGCACCUUCACCAGGGGGUGCCACCAUUGUAGCCGGACCCUUUGGAUCCACCUCGGGGUCACCAUCUGAAACUGGAACUGUGUGUUCCUCCUCGUCCUCGUCAUCCUCGUCAUCAUCAUCUACGAAAAUCCCCACACCGCGGCCACACGAAAGCCCCGCGUUACCGCCACCUCCUCCUCUGCCAUCGAUAGCAGGUUUACAUCCAGCUCUGGGUGUGCCGCCUGGCAGCCCACCGAUGGUGAUGACACCACGUGGCCCAGUUCCUCUCCCUCUCUUUAUGGAGCACCAGAUGAUGCAGCAGAUUCACCCUCCGUUCUUACGUCCCCCAGGCCCCAACAGCCCUCAUUCCAAUCCCAUGAUUCCUGGCAUUGGGCCACCACCUCCUCCUCGGACUUUGGGUCAUCCAUCAAGCCCUAUGCACCGCCCGCUCCUUUCCCCCCACAUACACCCAUCCUCCACACCAACCCUUUCUGGGAACCCUCCGGGUAUGAUGCACCCUUAUCCUGGUGGCCACAUGCCAGCCUUGCCUUUCCCCCCAGUUAACAUGAUGCCACCUGGAUCCAUCCCAGUUCCACCCAUUAUGAAUAUUGGCAUACCUUCUCUGGCCCCCCUAGUGCCACCACCAACAUUAUUAGUGCCCUAUCCAGUGAUUGUGCCAUUACCGGUCCCCAUACCCAUUCCAGUGCCCAUACCAUUCAGUCCGCAGGCUUCUGGUGACCGAUCAGGAAAUGAUGGAACGCUUCAGAAUGCUGCGAGCGAGCGGAGUGAUUCAAAAGCACCGCCACCAUUUUCUCAAAGAACCUCCAGAGGGGAGGGGAGGGACUUUCAGCAAGCCCCUCCCACCUCAGAUACACUUUUGCCAGGAUUUUCCAAACAGACGGAGCAGGGCAGGGCAAACGUGGCGGAGCUGAUGGUUAAAACAGAGAACUCUGGUAACGGAAGCUCUGGACACUCCCAGAAAGACACACCAGCAGAUGGAGUCAUUGAUUUAACAACCAGUCGCCGUUCCCGGCAACAGCUAGUUAUCCAGAGGGCUGUAACCUGUGUGCAGGUAAAAGCAGAGCCCGGGUUAAGCCCACCACCUGCAGUUUUGGGUGACACUGAGGUGGAUGGGUCGGCCGGUACUAGCACAGGUACAAUAGAAGAUAACCACAGAGACAGUAAUGCUGAAAGCGCGUUGGCUAGCGUGGCUCUGCCUUGUGCCAACCCGUCCUACUGCAGCGGCACACCGCCACUUUCUCAGCUAAUCGCAUGCAGCGCCUCCACUGUUCCUAGCAACACCGCCACGGCUAAAUCUGAGCCUGGCUCUGCUACGCCCUGCAAUGUGAUUGUUAAUGGGAGCUGUAAUGUGCCUCCAGCAGAGAGUUCGAUCAGAACACCUCUGUUAGAGCAGCGCCCUCUAGUGGACCCCUGCCGCAGAACUGCCGCUGUGUGCGACGAGCCUGUGGGGGCCGAUCUAGAAGGAGAGGACCUGAAAGAGAACAGCUGCUUAGCAACAGAAAGAGACUCAGCAGGUAAGAGAAGCUCAAAUGACCAGCCUGCCAUUACCGCACUAACAGGGGAGGACAAACCUCAGAGCCCUGAAGAUGCCCCAUCUGAUGAGGACCAUGCCUACGCCCUGCCCCUAAUGCCCAAACCUGGCUGUGUCAUUCAGCCCGUGCCCAAACCUGCUGACAAAACCGCUACCAUUUUGCCCUGUGGCUUGACAGCCCCAUUAACAGGAACCGUUCCAAUGGAAAUAGAGCCUCCGCUGAAGAGAAGGUGUCUGCGUAUCCGCAAUCAGAACAAGUGAAAUAGAGGACAGAAAUCACCAUCUCACCAAAGGGAUAAAGAGGAUUGCACUGCAGCAGAGACCAUCAGCUGUCCACAGACUUCAUCCGCAGUCCAGCCAGUCAAGAUGUCAACCUUGUUUUCUCCACUUUUCCAAACACGCACAUGCACGUUGCGACAUAAUAUGCACACUGAUCAUCGGGAUUGGGCAGCAGUCUGCUCCGUUUCCACCCCUUUCGGCUAAACAAAGACUGACACAAAGUGUUAAUCUGGGAAGUAGAUCGGACGUGAUGUUUGACCUUCAACUGCGAUAUCUUCAGGCAAAGUCUGUUCUCAGUCUACUUGUUGAUGAAAGAGAUACUUCUCAUCCUCUCCACUCGACCCCUCCAUCCACGGCUUGUUGAGAGGACUUUCCAACUACUGGUUGGAGGCGGCAUUACAGUGUACAUAUACAGAUUUCCAAAAAGGCGGAGCUUAAGCCAAACACAAUAGAUCUGCCAGGCUGCCAAUCAAACACGCUCAUGAAUAACUAUAAUUUGGAACAGAGCCAGUCAAAUCCUGCCACAGAUGGAUGGACCAGUUUUCUGCUUUGUGUGUGCAUUCAAAGAAGCUCGGUUUAAUCUGUCUGUACUUUUGGAAUCGGAUGCUUCUGAUUCAAUAGCUUCAGUCAGAAAGACUGAUACAGAUGC